GGACUGUGGGGCCCCCUCCUGCGCCCUCACCCCGCUCCAACCCGGAUCCAGUGACCCUGCUGCGCAGUGGGGGUGCAAGUAGCCCCUGGUUUCAGGGCACGUGCUAAUGCCCCUGGCGCUCCUCUCAGCUGGGCUGGGGGCAUCGCAGCCCCCCCCCCCACCUCCUCUGGGGCGAUUCCUAGGCGAGAUCAGGAACUGUUGCAAGGAGGGGACGGAAUAAGGCAGGGACCUUCCUGUUCCCAGCAAUCCCCCCGCCUUGUGUUGUGUUGUGUGUGCGCCUGGCAGCGGGAGGGGAGCGCACAAAGAGACCCGCUGCCGGCCACUCCUGCCGCGGGGCCGCGUCUCCGCCUGCAGCCCCGGCCCCGGGAGGGGAUCGCCCCGGCCGGGCGCUGAGCUGGGGCGAGAAACAGCAGGCGAGGCAGGAAAUCGCUGCCCGCGCUCGCUCCACAUGACUGGGAUCAUGCCUGGCCCUGCACCAGGGUUCCCUGACCCAGCCAGGAUCUUCCAGCUGGAGCGAGGGGAAGAGCCCAGGGUCCCAGAUCUCCAGGGCUCCGAGGAAGGGGAGAUCCUGAGAGGUGCCCGCGCAGCAUGUGCCAGGACGGAGGAGAAUCCGCAGCGGGAAGGGCCUGCAGCAACGGAGUCUUACGGCAGCCCCAAGCAGGGGGAGGGCCGGCCCGACUGGGAGACAGUGUGCGAGAGCCCCCUGCAGGAGAUCCUGGUGCACCAGCGCACCCACAUGGGUGAGAAGCCCUACAAAUGCCCCGAGUGCGGGAAGAGCUUCCACCAGAGCUCCCACCUCAUCCGGCACCAGCGCAUCCACACCGGGGAGCGCCCCUACAAAUGCGGCGAGUGCGGCAAGGCCUUCAGCCAGAGCUCGCUGCUGACUCGCCACCAGCGCACCCACACUGGGGAGAGACCCUACAAAUGCCCCGACUGCGGGAAGAGCUUCAGCCGCGGCUCCAACCUCAGCCAGCACCAGCGCAUCCACACCGGGGAGCGGCCCUACAAAUGCACUGAGUGCGGGAAGAGCUUCACGCUCAGCUCCCACCUGAUCCGCCACCAACGCACGCACACGGGCGAGCGGCCCUACAAAUGCGGCGAGUGCGGCAAGGCCUUCGCCGAGAGCUCCCACCUGCGCCAGCACCGCCGCACCCACCGCUGCGAGCCGCCCUACAAGUGCCCCGACUGCGGGCGCGCCUUCGCCCUGAGCCUGGACUUCGUGCAGCACGUGCGUGAGCACACGGAACGCCGCCCCUACCGCUGUGGGGCCUGCGGACGUUGCUUCCCCCUCAGCUCGGCCCUCUCGCAGCACCGCAAGAGCCACCACCGUCCCCCGGCCGCCCCCAAGGCCCACCCGUGCGGUGUGUGCGGGAAGGUGUUCGGGAAGAGUUCGCACCUGGUGACCCACCGGCGGGUGCAUACGGGCGAGAAGCCCUUCGCCUGUGCGGAGUGUGGGCGCGGCUUCAGUCAGAGCGCCGACCUGGCGAAGCACCGGCGCACCCACACCGGCGAGCGGCCCUACCGCUGCCCCGAGUGCGGCAAGAGCUUCAGCGUCUCCUCCACCCUGGUCAAGCACCAGCGCAGCCACAAGGGCGAGCGGCCCUACCCCUGCCCCGAGUGUGGCAAGUGCUUCAGCCAGAGCUCCAACCUCAUGCAGCACCAGCGCAGCCACCGCGGGCACCGGCCCUACCACUGCACCGAGUGCGGCAAGGCCUUCGCCCAGAGCUCGGCCCUCCUGCAGCACCACCGCACCCACACCGGUGAGAAACCCUUUGCCUGCCUUCAGUGUGGCAAAGCCUUCAGCCUCAGCUCCAACCUGCGGCAGCACCGGCGCACCCACACGGGCGAAAAGCCCUACAAGUGCGGGGAGUGCGGGAAGAGCUUCUACCAGAGCUCCAACCUGGCACAGCACUGGCGCACCCACACCGAGGAGAAACCCUACAGCUGCCCUGACUGUGGGCGCGGCUUCCGCCACAAUGCCCACCUAGCGCAGCACCGGCGCACCCACACCGGCGAGCGCCCCUUCCCCUGUGCCCAGUGCGGCAAGGCCUUCAGCCAGCGCUCCAACCUGCUGCAGCACCGGCGCACCCACACCGGCGAGCGCCCCUUUGUCUGCACCCACUGUGGGAAGGGCUUCGGCGACAGCUCCAACCUGCUGCAGCACCUGCGCACCCACACGCCAGAGAGACCCUAUCAGUGCCCCGAGUGCGGGCGCGGCUUCCGCCAUGGCAAGCACCUGACCCAGCACCGCUCCCUGCACACGGGCCAGAAAUCCCACUGCUGCCCUGACUGCGGGAAGGGCUUCAACUGGAGCUCCCACCUCGCCCAGCACCGGCGCAUCCACAGCGGGGAGCGGCCCUACCAGUGCCCCCAGUGCGGGAAGGCGUUCACCCAGAAAUCCAACCUGCUGCAGCACCAGGCCCUCCAUCGCCCUGCCCAGGACCUGGCUGAGCAGCUGCAGAUGAGCCCUGUGGCUUAGGGACAGCUGGGGUCAGAGGUCAUGCCAGAGAGGAGGGAGACUCGCCUCUCAACAUGGGAUAUCUGGGAUCUGACAAUGUCUGACACCCAGGACUUCCCCACAGCAUGGACACGCCAACUAGACCCCACUCGGACAUGCUGCCAGGGGAUGGGGGGUGAAUUAAACAGGCUCCCAGAGGGGAGUUAUUUGCUGGAGUGGGGAGCUGGGGACUUUAUUAAUAAAGGGUGUAAAUUAAGAGGGUGUGGGUGUGCAGCACUGCCCUCUACUGGACGGAA